GGUAUGGUGGUUCCACAGGGCAGACCCCGCUGCGCUCACCGGGAGGAGGCGGCGGCCGCGGCGGAGGCUGGCGGCGCAUCUCCAGAGGCAUGCCCAAAGAAAAAUACGAGCCCCCUGAUCCUCGGAGGAUGCACACAAUUAUGUCCUCUGAGGAAGCAGCAAAUGGAAAGAAAUCACAAUGGGCAGAGCUUGAAAUAAGUGGAAAAGUAAGAAGCUUAAGCUCAUCUUUGUGGUCACUAACUCACUUGACAGCUUUACAUCUUAGUGACAAUUUCCUGUCCCGUAUUCCUUCAGACAUUGCCAAGCUUCACAAUCUGGUAUAUCUGGACCUGUCCCAUAACAAGAUCCGUAGUUUACCAAUAGAACUCGGAAACAUGGUAUCACUCAGGGAACUCCAUUUAAAUAACAACCUGUUACGAGUUCUACCUUUUGAGCUGGGAAAACUCUUUCAGUUGCAGACUUUAAAUCUGAAAGGAAAUCCACUUACCCAGGAUAUUGUAAACCUGUACAUGGAACCUGAUGGAACAAGAAGGCUACUGAACUAUUUGCUUGAUAAUUUGUCAGGUACUGCAAAAAGAAUUUCAAAUGAACAACCACCUCCAAGAUCUUGGAUCAUGUUACAAGAACCAGACAGAACAAGGCCAACUGCUUUGUUUUCUGUCAUGUGCUAUAAUGUUCUUUGUGAUAAAUAUGCGACCCGGCAGUUGUACGGCUACUGUCCAUCAUGGGCACUAAAUUGGGACUACAGAAAAAAGGCCAUUAUUCAAGAAAUCUUGAACUGCAAUGCUGAUAUUGUAAGUCUUCAGGAAGUUGAGACAGAACAGUAUUACAGUUUUUUUCUGGUAGAACUGAAAGAACGUGGCUAUAAUGGAUUCUUUAGUCCUAAGUCUCGAGCUAGGACAAUGUCAGAACAAGAAAGGAAACAUGUUGAUGGCUGUGCAAUAUUCUUCAAGACAGAAAAAUUUACUUUGGUUCAGAAACACACUGUUGAAUUUAAUCAGCUAGCAAUGGCAAAUUCAGAAGGGUCUGAAGCUAUGCUGAACAGAGUCAUGACAAAAGAUAACAUUGGAGUUGCAGUACUGCUAGAGCUUCGAAAGGAAUUGAUUGAAAUGUCAUCUGGAAAACCACAUCUUGGAACAGAGAAACAACUUAUUCUUGUGGCUAAUGCUCAUAUGCAUUGGGACCCUGAAUACUCUGAUGUGAAGUUGGUACAAACAAUGAUGUUCCUCUCAGAAGUGAAGAACAUUAUUGAUAAAGCCACUCGAAGCCUCAAGUCCAAUGUGCAGGGGGAAAUCGGAACUAUUCCACUUGUGUUAUGUGCAGAUCUAAAUUCUUUGCCAGACUCUGGUGUUGUGGAAUAUUUGAGCACUGGUGGUGUAGAAACAAACCACAAAGACUUUAAGGAACUGAGAUACAAUGAAAGUCUCACAAACUUCAGCUGCAAUGGGAAGAAUGGAAUGACCAAUGGAAGGAUCACUCAUGGUUUCAAGUUAAAGAGUGCCUAUGAGAAUGGCCUGAUGCCUUACACGAAUUACACAUUUGAUUUCAAGGGUAUAAUUGACUACAUCUUCUAUUCUAAACCUCAGCUGAACACUUUAGCCAUCCUGGGACCUCUGGACCACCAUUGGCUGGUUGAGAAUAAUGUCAGCGGCUGCCCCCAUCCACUCAUUCCUUCUGACCACUUCUCACUUUUUGCACAACUGGAGCUCUUACUGCCUUUCCUACCCCAAGUUAAUGGCAUUCACCUCCCUGGCAGGAGGUAGUCAAGUACUUUCAGAGGACUGCAUUUUACUUGGGAACUCAUGAAAAAUCUGAAUAUAGGGGAGUGAGGUAUGGCCACUAGGGACUUUUCUUAAUGAUGAUUUGAAAUUUCAGUCUGAUUAUUUUAUACAAGGGUAUAGUGCGAAAGCCAGGUGCUAGCAACAGGUAAAUUCUGAGCCCAGUAUACUUUAUAUACUGCUAGACAGGGAUUGGUGUGUUUGCACCUCUCUUUAAUUUGUUACAAGUAAUUUCCUGUUUCUUCUAUCCAAUAUAUAAUAUUUUCAUGCCUUGAAAUAGGAAAAUGUUUGAACAGCGUAUUCUCUUUGCACAGAAAUCUGUAGCACUUUUUUUUGAGGCCAGUAGUAACAUCCAGAGGUCAUUCUUUCAGACUUCACUCCCUUCUUUUUCAGACUUGUUUGUAUAAUAUAGAAUUUGAAGUUAGCCUUUAUGAUUGUAUAUGAUCCACAGAAGACCUGAUUUAUGAAAUUUUGUACUUAACAGAUUUGAAAACAAUUGUAUUAUAAACUAAGGCUAAUUUUUUUUAACCUGUUUCCUGUGUUCUGAAGGCCAACUGGUAAAGAAGUUGCAACAGACUUUCUCUGCAAUGAUUUGCACUGUUAGGGUUUUGUUAGCCCUUUUGUACUACUUUAUUUUUAAAUUGAAAAUAUUGCUCUUUAACUCUAAGUCUGUUUAGACCUUGGGACAUAUUCUUGGACCAGAGGCAACUUAUUCAUGAAUUCCUGAAUUUUUAUGAAAACUGUCACCAGGAUAGAUAAGCUGAACAGCAAAUGAUCUUUAGGCAUUUAUAGACUGAAUAUGAUAGUUGAUAUAUGUACAUUCUGGUAUUUUUUAAAUCUUUAACUUUUUUAAGUUAAAAAAAAAAUCACAGCUGCUUAGGUACAGCUUCUUAACUCCUUUUUGAGACAUUUCCUGUCCUAUCUCCACUGUGCCUGCCGAGAUUCGUCCUCACUGAGCACCGCCUGUGCAUGCAGAGGAAUCUGUGCAUCUUUUAUAUUUUUGAAAAACUGCUUAAUAACAUUGUGAGAAUUUUAUGAAAAUGCUUUUGUAGGAGCUGUGGCUUUUCCCAUAGUGAAGCAUCGGAUGUCACAUUGUGGAACAUGUUCAUAGGAUGGGUCCUGGGUCUUUACUUGCCAGACCAAGCAUUGCUUUGUGGUGUCUUUGCACAGGGCUGUCUGUCACCCGGAAUACCACUAUCAUGUGUAUUCUUUAUUCUCUUGUGUUUUUAAAAAAUCAUUCCUUUUUUAAAGAAGAGUAAUUUUCCAUUUAUGAAGCAGUAUAAGUUAAUUGCAUUUUCAAAACAGUCGCUAAGACAGUUCUUCAGAUCAUUUAUAAAUGACUUAAGUAAUUUUACUGUGUCAACCAAGGUAAACAUUAUACUGUGCCCUGUAUUUUGCCCAUAUUGCCAUUAGAUUAGAGACUAAAGUCACUUAACUUUGCAAAGUUAGCUUGUGUAUGUUCUGUUUUCAAUUACUGGUUCUCUCAAAAAUCAAAUGAAUUCAGAGGGAACUUAGUCUAACUGCUUUUGUUUCAACUGCAGGCAGGGGAGCAAAAGGAUACCGUGUAGCAUAAAAAAAAUUGUUGAAUGUUAUUAACAGUUUUUAUACAGAGACUGAGUCAUUUUGGAUGACUUAAAAUUUUAUGAGAAACAUUUAAUUGCUUAUGCUGUUUUUAAGAGGAAAUAAAAUGACAUAUUGUUUAAAUAAAUGAAUUUUUUCUUUUUAAGAAAUUCUCUAAAAGGGUUUGAUCUUGAAUCUGUCUUGGACCUGGUUUUUCCUAUAAAGGUGUUUUUUUUUUUUUUUUUUUUGUGAUACAGGGGUUUUGUUGUUGGUUUUCUUUUUUUCUUUUGUUUGUGGGUUAUUUUUCUGUUUGUUCAAGUUGUACUGACACCAAACACAUCCAAUUUAUAAUCAGUACAUUGGAGUUGGUGUUACCAAUACAGAGCUUCUUACAGUGUUUUUUUUUUUUUUUUUUUUUCUGGUAAAGUGUGUAUAAAAGGUGUGUUUACUCAUUUUUCUUAAACACUGUGUUGGUUACAUGCAUCAUGACAAUUUCCAGUGAAGGUGAACUGGAUGGAGCUGGUUGGACUGAGGAAGCUGCUUUUCCUGUGCUGUGCAUUAUGAAGUUCUACAUCAGAAAGCUUUGGAGGUGGGUCAGAGAAGGAAAGGGCACUUACUCGUUUUUGUAUUUGUAAAUUUUCAUAUAUGCUGGAACUAGAGUGCACUUGUUAGAUGCGAAAGGUUUGAGCUUUAUACGAAAUACCUUUAUCUGUAUUUGUUACUGUCUUCAAUAUAUUGAGCUUGGGGACAGCAUGUUAAGAUGUUGCGUCUUAAGCAUACUACAUUCUGUGGGUCAGUCUGAACAACUUGUCCGCCUUGUUUAGACAGUGCAGACAUACAACUUCAAAAGAGAAAUAUUUUGACUCUAGAGAAUAAAUGGUUUCACCAAAAUAGACUGAUACUUUUGUGAAGCAAGGUUGUAUGUGUUAAAUAUUUUCUGUGUCCUCAUUUUCAGUAGUCUAUACUCUCUACAGCGCAGUAAAAUCUAGUCUGUUUUCACAAUGUAGAAUUUUUUUGAAAAAUUCUGUAACAAAUGUAUGUAAUGCUUUGCCAUAAUGUAAUUUCAAUGUUCUUACUGGAUAAAUCUAUCAUAGGAAUGUUUUACAGAAAAUUUAGGAUAUGUUUGCUGUUUUAAAGAUGAAAAAUUUGGAGGCACUCGAUUCCUUGUUUACAGUAUUGGUGGUAAUAAUUUAUGCUUUGAGAAGUUAAUAAUGUUCAUCAAAAUUAAUUUAUGGCAUAAUUUAAACUGGAGUUGUAGAAAUAAAUUUUUAAUUGCAACUGUAAUAGUUACAGAACAUAGGCAAAGAACAUCUCUAAGAAAUGGUUUUUAUUUACUGUAUUAGCACUUUGAAACCUAAGGACAUCAUUAGAUUAGAUCAAAUGAACUUGUAAGUUUUGAAAUUAUAAUUUCAAGCCCCUUGUAAGAUUCAGUUUUUCAGUGAUAGCAUUCAAGUUUCAGAAUUUCACUUCCUUUUUUUUCCUAUUUGAACUUAGUUUCUACCACGACUUUUAAGGAUUAGGGGUCCUAUCAUAAGACAGAAGCUAACCUAGGCAAAACAGUUAGUAGUUUGUCUUUUAAUAACUAAAUCAUAAUAUUCAGUACAGGUUUGCAGACAACUCAAGAGAACGCUAAGCAAGUGUGCCCCAGUCAUAAGGAGUGUUUUAGAAUGUUUGCUGUGCUCUUCUUUUUGGUUACAUGAAAUUUAAGAACUAGUUUUUGCUGUUGUGUCUAAAAUAGAGUAGUCUUCAUUCCCAGCACGCCACGUUGUACAGUGCACUGGACUGACACUUGUUCACCAUUCGUGAAACAAAACCCAGCGCAUUUUCUGCACUAUGCUCCAAGAAUGUCACAUUUGCCCGGGCAGCUCUUUCGAAGGAGAAUGGGAACUGAAUUCAUACCAUAUAGGCUGGUGGUAUCAAGGGCUUUUACUGUUCUUUCCAGUGGAAUAUUCUUCAUCAAAUUGUAACUAUCUAGUAUUAUAUUUAUAUACAGGGUCUCUUUUCCUUACCAAUGUAUUUUCCUACUCAUAGCCAACCAAUAAAUUCAGUGUCUGUUUCAAAUA